CAUGGAAUACUACAACAUUUAUUUACUUUUCAGACUGCAGCUGAGUUGGAGCGGCGAAGAGAAAAGUUCUCGAAGGAACUGGAUUUUGUCUUUGCUGAUGUGGUGAUGGCCAUUAUAGCAGAUUUUAUGCUCGUCUGGCUUCCUGCUCCUACUGUUUCUCUCCGUCCACCUCUUGCAGUCAGUGCCGGAUCUGUUACUAAGUUUUUCUACGGCUGUCCUGAUAAUGCAUUUCAGGUGGCUUUGGCUGGAACAUCUUAUUCAUUGUUACAGAGAAUAGGUGCAAUAGUGCGUAAUGGAGCCAAACUAUUUGCAGUUGGGACCGGUGCAUCUCUGAUUGGUACAGGCAUAACAAAUGCAUUGAUUAAUGCACGAAAAGCUCUUGAUAAAUCGUUUGCUGGCGAAGCAGAGGAUGUGCCUAUAUUAUCAACCAGUGUUGCAUAUGGUGUGUAUAUGGCAGUUUCUAGCAACCUAAGGUACCAAGUACUUGCGGGUGUAAUUGAACAACGAAUCCUGGAACCCUUGCUGCACCAGCACAAGCUUAUACUGAGUGCUAUUUGCUUCGUUGUCCGAACUGGCAACACAUUCCUAGGGUCAUUGAUGUGGGUGGAUUACGCGCGCUGGACUGGAAUCCAAAAGAUUCGGGACUAGAGCAUAGCAUGGAAAAACUUUGUUGCAUCAGUAUUAUAAGUAAAAUUUAUAUUUGAAUGGCUAUCAUUUUUUGUGGAAUCGCAGAGGAUGGUGGCAGACCAAUUUGGGUGCUUUGGUUUUGUAAAUUCUGUGGCAAAAUUCUGGCUGUAAGUUGUCAUAGUUGAUGUUAUAGGCAGCUAGGAUUUCCUUGUAUUCCUGAAUGUCACAGUCGCUGGGGACAACUAUAGAAAAAUUCAACUAUAGUAACAAGUAGAUGUGACAUUGUAUAUAGAAUUGUGUUGUAUGAACUUUGCAGAUUGAAGGUUUAAUAUUAUUUGUUA